AUGCUGACAGUUUGUCUAUAUAAUAUAACGGUGGGUUUUCUUCUAUUUAGACCGAACUUGCCCGGUGGCCACUCGGCUAUGGACAUUAAAAUAGUUGGGUCUAAUUUUUAUUUUUCACCCGUAGCUAUUUACAGCUUGCUUUCGUUUCUUCUGAUUUUUUCCCUUCUUUCCUUGGUGAUCAUAUACAUGUGAAUUUAAGAUGGCUGAUAAUGGGGAAGAUGGUAUUGAGGAGAAAGCCGUGGACAAACAUGACUGGGGAGCUGCUGAUCUGGAGAGAGUAACCAACUACGAAGAAGAGAAGGAUGAAAUGGGAACCGAGAAUGUUGAUCACCUUAAGGCUCAAACCCCAAAUGUAGUGUCUCUCCAUGCUGAAGAUAUUGCCUUAUUGGUCAAGGAAUUUGAAUUGAAAAGACCCUACGCCGAAAAGAUUCUGAUCGAAGCACGGGGAGAUCUCAAAGCUUGUGUGGAAAACUUUAUUAAUGCUUGA